AUGAAAAACAUCCUCAUAUCUACUCAGAGACGACUAAUACCAUCAGCAACCGCCAAAGUCACUCACUCUCACUCUCCAUCCCUGCGUCGAACUCAUGAAGACCUGCACCGUCCCAAGACGGCGCAAUACCCAAACCUCCAACCAAAUGACGUCACUCAACUCCUCAAGAGACCAUCCACAAAUAUCAUCCCUCCUCCUCAUUUCGUCGAUUCUAGACGAAGGUCUUUCCACUCCAGCUCACCCAGAAAAGAUCUCCUUGGUUUCGGUGUCUUCUCAUGUUCAAUUCCGAUCUUCAAGUCAUUCCUGCUCUCGUUGACCCGAGGCACACUGGUGAUCUUACCAUUCUGGUACCGCUGGAAACUGGCCCGAUACUUCCCACGUGCCUCUCGGACGCUCUUGACCAUUCCACUCUUUGCGAUGUGUCUGGUCAUCGCAAUCGGCAUCGACCAAAGUCCACGCACCCACCGCUGGCGACUACUAUUGAUGUCCGAGGGCGAGGAGAUGGAAUGGUCCCGUCGGAGGUUCGAAGACCUGGUGGCCUCAGAUGGCCACAUGAUCGUAGGCCCGCAUGACCCGAGAACCCAGAUGGUCAAAGAGAUCUGCGACCGAUUGAUGACCGCCUUAGACCUCGACUCGCCCGUCUCCGCCGCCGCCUGGCCGAGAAGCCCUGAGGCCGAUGAUCCACCCCGCUUCGGACGUCGACUUGAGCCCUCAAGAAAACAAAUCAAAUCUAGCGCCAUCGCGGGCUCAGAUCUUUUGCCCUGGAAACCAGAAUCGAGCAACCCUGAGAAGAAACUCGAGUCCCACGAUUGGGAGCUUUUUAUCAUUGACUCACCCCAAAUAAACGCCUUUGUCCUUCCAACGAAGCAGAUAUUUGUUUACACGGGACUCCUCGAGCUGAUCAAACACAGCGAAGAAUUAGCCGCAGCUGUGAUAGCGCACGAAGUGUCACACGUGGUUGAGAGACAUGCGGUCGAAAAUCUAGGCUUCUCAGCCCUCUCAGCAGUCGUCUUUGACGCUAUGAGAGGCGUAUCCUACGCUCUCACCAUCUCUUUUCCUCUCUUGUCCGAUGGCCUCGCUUUCUGCAUAAACUAUUUGAAUGAUGUCGUGGUACAGAAAGCUUACAGUCGGAAAUUGGAAACUGAGGCCGAUGAGCUUGGAUUAAUGAUUAUGGCUCGAGCCGGCUACGAUCCCAGCGCUGCAUUGAAGCUAUGGAAUCUACUACACCGACUCGAAGAAGACCAGGAAACCAGUAAUUCAAAUAGUAGCGUAGGAUGGGCAGAGAAAAUCCCUUGGACCAGGACUCACCCGACUUGCAAAGAUCGAGAACAAACCAUUCAGAAAGCCUUACCCAAAGCAUUGAAGUUCUUCCAUCAGCCAGGCGCACAGUCUCUGUCUUUCUCAUCAACAUCUGCAUCAUCAACAUCUGCCACUGGAACGGAUCCUUCAUCUUCAUCUCUUCCUUAA